AUGAAGGCUUCUGGAACGUGCGCGGGUAUGGCUUUGUUGACCAUGAGACUGGCUGUUUCGGCAGCCGCCACCACAGAGACGUGUCAGAAGCUGGUGGUCGACGUGGAGAGCAUGUCCUCGGGCACCCAUACCGGAAGUUUCUACGAGGUCGGCACGACGUCAGACGGUAGGCCGGUGCUUAAGACCAACGGGGACUACUCCCUUCAGUUCAUCGCGGCAGGCUCCAUGGACGACGAAGACUACCUCACUUACACGGAGCCCGACGCCGAUUCGUUGAACGAGCCCAUGGACGAAGACCUCGAGAUUGAGCUCUUGUCCAUUGCUGACAACGAGUCGUUUCGCCGAUCUCUCACAACAACAUGCGGCUACUGGGUCAUCGGCAAAAUUGGGGACAACGACGUCGCCAUGUACCCGAUGCUCAAAGUGGCGGAUUGUGCGAUAGACCCGACCGCUAUCGACACAGACUCGGCCUGGUUCCUCCAGGCGACUCAUGAGAGCGAGGAGGACUAUUCCAUUGGAGAGGUGACGAUGACACUUGAGGACUACGACUGCGACUCCUUGGAGGCGGCUGCGGUUAUCGACGGUGAUGGUAACGAGGAUGAGGACAGCUCUGUCGAAGAAGAAGAAGAAGCAGAUGAAGAAGUGGAAGAUGCCUCGGUCAGCAGUGGAAACCAGCUCGCCGUGGGCGGCGGGAUGGGUCUGCUCAACGUUGUCCUGAGUGUUGGCAUGGCGAUGCUUGGCCUCGUAUCUUCGUUGCCCUGAAGAACAGGAAGAGAGGGUUUCCUUGCCGGGCAACCUGGGGUUUUUAAAAAGUAUGAACCCUGCUUUGUCUGUAUGUAUUUGGUCUACUUUGUAGAAGUCUGUCUGCUGUGAUUUAUAUUGUACGGGUUUUCGACACCGUUGGUGGAUAUUAUUGCCACCAUCGUCAUUGAUUUGUCGAUUUUCAUUCCGUACAGUAAAUGUGAUGUGUUGCCUUCUUCGUGUUGUUUGAUACGUUGCUCGAUGUGCACUGCAUGCUACUACUGGGCGAGUGCAGAAUGCAGUGGAAUGUUCGGUGAUGCUUAGACUAGAAUCAGAUGUGUCCGAAUUUGUCCUCUUGGCAAAAAGGUCCUGCAGAGUUCGUGCUUGCAUUUGAGUGAACAGUUUCUCCAACUCGGAACAACAUGAGUCCCGUUCUAUAUUCCUGAUGUCAGCGAUGACGUACUGUAGAUCGAGGAACUGAUAUGACGAUUUUCGUUGGAAGGAAUACGAGAAGAAGCAAGCCCACGAGACAGGAAGAUUUGAAACAACUAACUGCGGCUUCAGUGUGUUUCAAGAACACAGCAGCAACUGAUAUACAGUUGUACGAGAUGGGUUUUUGAUGAAUCGAUUGUGAAGUGAGGUUUCAUUGUGAAGACAUUUCGUUGUCGUAGCACCUCAAUGAUCAAGACACGUACGUUUUGUUCCUCGAAAGUCUCAUUUCAUCCAAUCGGAUG